AUGGACGCCCGCACGAUCGGCCACGUGGAGCAGGAGCGCAAACUUCUUCUUCGCCUUCCGAAAAACCCAAAACACAUAAUAACACCAAUGCACCCGCACCCGCACCCGCUCGUGCCGCCGCCGCCGCCCGCCUUCCUGGGCUCGCCGCCCCGCGACCCGCUCGCCUUCUACCCCUGGGUGCUGCGGAACCGCUUCUUCGGGCACCGCUUCCAAGGGAGCGAGGUGUCCCAGGAGAGCUUGCUGCUGCACGGCCCCUUCGCCAGGAAGCCCAAGCGGAUCCGGACGGCCUUCUCCCCGUCGCAGCUGCUGCGGCUGGAGCGAGCCUUCGAGAAGAACCACUACGUGGUGGGCGCCGAGCGCAAGCAGCUGGCCAGCAGCCUGAGCCUCUCCGAGACCCAGGUGAAAGUGUGGUUCCAAAACAGAAGGACGAAAUACAAGAGGCAGAAGCUGGAAGAGGAAGGCCCCGAGUCAGACCAGAAGAAGAAGGGUUCCCAUCACAUCAAUAGAUGGCGGAUUGCCACCAAGCAGUCCAGUGGGGAAGACAUUGAUGUCACUUCCAAUGACUAGCCAGGGGACAGGCUGCCGGCGACUAAACCAAUGAGAGGAACCAGGGGGAGGAGGGGGAAAUACGGGACGGGAACAAAACCAGACUCUCGAGACUUCACACAGACAAAAGCAAGCGACCACCGCUGACUUUCCUCCGCGGUGCCCAGGCCCAAAGGAGAGGCCGACAGCCCAGUUCCUCCCUCAUCACACGGUUCAGCUCUUCAGCGCACCGGGCGGCCUUUGGAAAUGAGAGCUCCCACACAACGGAGGAGGAGGAAGAGGAGGACGAGGGAACGCCAACCCAGAGACUGCGCGCUCCGAGGCAACGAACCGAGCCGCCCUUCCCUGCCUCUGGAAGCCGUCCAUCAACCAUAAGAUCAAAUAAAAAUGUCCACCAAGAAGCUCCAUGUACACAACCCUUUUCUGUUCCUUCCUUUUUGCCUUUUUUCUGUUUUUUUUUCUUCCCCUCUUUUUUUACACAUUUUUAUUUUAACUUAUUAUUUUUGUUUUGUGCGUGUGUGCGUGUGCGGUCCCUGUCGUAGGUCGUCAACAGCUGUAGCGUGCGUUACUGCGUGGUAAUAAAAGCAAAAUGGGCUCAACGGAGAGUGGGUGUCCAUGGGCAUGCGUCACGCUCCCCAGACCCUUUCCCAGCGCAGGUCAAGGGGAGAGAGAGACUUUGGAGGUGGAGUGGAGCAAUCCAUGGAGAAGCCUGAUCUGCAGCGGGGUUUGUGGCCGAGUCCUGGUAUCUGUGAGUCUGUACAGCUCUUACGUGGGGCAUCUAUUGAGUCCAAGGACCUGAGGAUCAGCUCUGUGGUCCCUGAUCGUAGCUGGACCCAUAUUUCAGAGAAAGGAGCAAGAAACCCACAGGUGUGGGGAUGGUCUAGCGGGAUGGCCAGGGUUGGGAGGGGAGGAUGGUAUUUCUAAGCAGUCAGCCUGGGGUUCAGUCAUACCCUGAAGCUCGGGGCUUUAUCUGGUUAUUUUUAAAUCAGCCUUAGCAUCAUUCUAAUCCUGGAGCUCCUGUUAACCCCAUGAAUCAGCGGUGGUGGGAAAAGCUGAUUUGUUUCCCCUUGAAAAAUAAAUCCACAAAAUUAUUUAAUCCCGUGCGUUUUUUUGGCUUGUUUUUUUGUGGAUGGUUUAGCUUUUCUUCAACCCGAAAGAUGAAACAAAAUGAUCGCUUUUUUGUGUCCUUUCACCUCGGCGCUCACUUUCUGGGUCUCUGAAAACCAAAUCGAAAGCCCCAAGGGCAGCUUCUUUGUUUUGUUUAGUUAAAAAAAAAAAAUAAAGAAAAAAAAAUUUA